AUGUGCCUAGUUCUGUUUGCGUACCAGUCCUACAUCCGGGCGUACAUGGGGAACUCCAGAGAACUCAAAGCCCAUCUUUUUUUUUUAAUAUCAGAUGUUCUCAAUCUUGGCCAUGUUGCACAGAGCUUUGGCAUUGACAAGAAGCUCAGUGAGGUCCGGGCGCAACUUUGGAGCUUUGUCAGGGAAGGCAGGAAGAUCGCGAGAGAGUCGUCUUCCCUCACCACGCAAGAGGAGGGAAAGUGGAGCGAUGACUUUCCAAGUCGGAGAAGACUGCAGGUGGAGGUACGUCAUGACGAUCGCUACCGAAGUAUGGUUGCGCAGGAGCAGCGCAAUGUGAAAGCCCAGUGCUGUUGA